CGUUACGCGCGCGGAUACUGCGGUGCCGAGCUCGGCAGCUACCAGUCAGCAGCCGACCACCGUUUGUUUGUGAACGUUUUUCUAUAUGCGUAUGUGUAAAAGUGUAUGCAGCUUGAAUUUGAAUUAGGAGUGCUGAAUUUUUUUCUGGUUAAAAAACAAGUGGCAAGUGUGCUUGAAGUCAGCGAAUGAUUGUGAAUAAUUAUGACCACGGAGUUUCAAGCGAUUUUUAAAAUUUUAAGUUUACUGUGUGCCCGAUGUGAAGUUGUGAAAAAUGGCAACAAGUAGUCAAUAUCCGAUCGACUUUUUUUCUCAUUAAAAAGCUUCCAGUAAAAUAAAAGUAAAAGAUGUGCUGCUCGCCAAGUACAUGUUAAAUUGCAGUAAAGGUUCAAUAAAAAAUAACUGUUCAACUAAACGUCAAAUGAUGUAUUUUCCACGCGUCUCGCAUUUAGCGAAUGGCUGCUAAUUCACCUGCUCAACAACCGCGCGCGCACACACGGUGCAACUAUGAAGGGAGCGUCCACGUCGGUAGCAUAGCUCAAAGGUGCCGAUCGUCGUCGCACAGUGAAAUCGGCCACACGCAAGCCGAGCCUUGAUUGUCUACGUAUAAUUGUUACCGUUGAUUCGCUGCCGUGAUGCGCUGCGUGAAUUUCCAUGGCUAAACCAACGCGUCGCAGGAAAAAAAAUCCUAUGCAGCUGAAAUUACUGCCUUCGAGGAAAGGACUCAUGCCUGAUCGAGUAUUCGACUUGUCUGUUUCGGUUGCAGAAUCGCCGAUGAGAAACGGCAGUAGCGAGGCGGCCUCACCGCUAGCUGUAACGCAGCAACAAUUUUUCCCGGAAACGGCCGAGAUUUUGGACUGCUUGGAUAGGCCGCAGAUAUGUGGCACAGAUGCAGCCUGUCAAGUCGACGAGGAGAACGACACCAGCAGGUGCAUCUGCCCGCACGAUGGAUCGCCACCUACUCUCGAUCUCAAGUGUCCUCGCGUCACUGUACCUCCGGAUAUGAAACCGAUUCACAACAUCAUACCACCGAGUGGAAACGUCACCAAUACGACCACGGCACUUCCCGAAGCCAAGCAGGUAGAGCGUCUAGAGCCGAAAGUUCCGGAGGUCACUGGCAUCGUCAUCGGCUGCGUCGUUGUCUUAGCCCUUAUAAUCGGCCUCAUAAGCUACUACUGCAAACGACGCAAUUAUAACGCCAAGUCCAAGCGAAGCAAUCUCGAGGCCACGCCUAUGAACUUAAAAACGAGUUUACUAUUGGCUAACAAAUACACACCAAAUCCACAGUACUUUACGUGCGCCUCGCCGGAAGUGCCAAUCCUACCGAGAGAGUCGCUCGUUUUUCUACAAGACAUAGGCGAGGGCUGCUUCGGAAAAGUCUUCAAAGGGGAAUGGAUCUGCGGGGACUCGCGGGACAUUGUAGCAAUCAAAGUGCUCAAAGAUACGGCCAGUCGCGAGGCAGAGGAAGACUUUAUGCGCGAAGUUGACAUAAUGUCAACCUUUCGCCACGAGAACAUUUUGUCUUUGAUCGGUGUAGUGGAGCGGGACUCGAUCAACAGCCCGUGGAUGAUAUUCGAAUACAUGCCCUACGGUGAUUUAGCCGAGGUCUUGAGAGCCAACUCACCAACGUUCAGGACUCCUACUCCCGGAUUGCCACCGUUAAACAAAGAUUCGUUGCACUGGAUAACGACGCAGAUAGCUUCAGGCAUGGCGUAUCUCGCAGCGCAAAGAUUCGUUCACCGCGAUCUGGCCUGCAGAAAUUGCUUGGUCGGAUCGGGUAUGGUGGUAAAAAUAGCCGAUUUCGGCAUGUCCAGAGACGUUUAUACUUGCGAUUAUUACAAGAUCGGUGGGUCGAGAUUACUGCCAGUGAGAUGGAUGUCACCCGAGAGCGUCAUGUAUGGACGAUUCACUCUUGAAAGUGACAUUUGGAGUUUUGGAGUUGUACUGUGGGAAGUUUAUUCGCUUGGAAAACAGCCGUACUACGGACACAAUAAUGAAGAGGUAAUCAAGUUGAUUUUGCAAGGAAUCAUGCUCAUACCACCGGAUGACACCCCACCGUACGUGUGCCAAAUAAUGCGAGAUUGCUGGAAGACCGAGCCUCGCGAUCGAAUACGUUUCGUCGACGUCCUCGAGAGGCUAGGAAAAGCUCAGGAUAAGCCGAACCAGAUAAAUUCACUACCCCGACCACCGCCCGGGCCCAUUAAGAUCUGCAGUCGCGACGCCCUCGAUCCCGACGGUUACCUCUUGCCGUCGCCAGCUGCAGUCAGAGAGUACCUUCAGACUUUGCCGACUUGACAGGCUAGAGAGUCGCAUUAAAAUACGCAUAAAACUGGCAUUAUUAUUGAUCGACGAAUGCGAUAAAUCGACUUGAUGAUUACGCGUAUUUAUUCAAAGAACGAAUGCUACCUACAAAAUGAAUAGUAUAGAAUGUCGAAAUCAUGGUGAAAAUUAAAUGUUCAGGAGCAUAUCGAAAGCAGUACAUAAAAAUCAAUGAAACUAGCAAAAAUAUAUAUAUAUAAAUUCAAUUUGUAAAAAAUUUUUUUAAAUGAAUUAAACUGAACUUUUAGUGGUCACAAAUGUAGCGACACAAAAAUACUAGUCGAAUCAUAAAAUAACCUUACAAUUAAUUAUAAAAAUACAACGAAAUUAUCUAGAUGGAAAAAAUUAAUUACAAAAAUGUUUAACUCUUAUGUAUAUAAUAAAUUUAAAAUUGUACAUGAUAAAUCUUACAUUAGCAUUAAGUAAAAUUCAUUAAUUUCCAAUAACUUGUAGAAAAAUUGACGAGUCAAUGCAAUGAGCUUAAAAAACCGUAAUGUAAUGAUGGCAAGUAUUAGCAUUUAACAAAUAUCAAAAUUGUACUCUUUUCAAUUUAAUGUCAGAGUCAUUAGACGAAUGACAACUGUACGCAUUUUUUAACAUUUAUAUACUGAAGAAGCGAUCUGAAAAAGCUAGCGAAAAAUAUAGUUCUUGAAUAUAUUAAUUCCAAGAUGGCACUUGGAAAUUUUCUUUAAGUAUUGCAUAUUUUAAUAUGCAAACGUAAUUUUAAAAUUUAAUUUUAAUGAUAUGAAUAUACAUACUUUGCCAUGUAACAGUCGUUCGUAAAUUUCAAUGAUAAUGUCGAGGUAUGAGAUUAGUUACAUGACCUGUAAAUUAGAUGAAAAAAUAUUUUCUAUAAUCUGUAAAUAAUUAUUAAAAGUAAUGUGUAAUUAAAAAUCAAUACCUAAAAAGUAAAAAUUUCAAGCCUCGAGCAUAUAUUAUAGCGUCAUAAGAUUUCGUCUAAUUAAAUGUAAACUUAGUGCACUUCACUCGCGAAAGUCAUUGAAACUAAAUGGAAAUUCAACGUAUCCAAAAAUAUCGUUGCAAUUUUUGAGUUCACGAUCAUUGUAAAGUUCAACCACACAAUACACAUAAUGAAAAAAAAAGAAUAAAUGCAACCUACAAUUA